CUCCUGUGGAGGACACGAGAUUGAAGACGACAAAAGAGGAGGAAGCUGACAACAUCCAAGGAGAAGGAAAGAGAGAACAAUUCUGUGUUGUGAGCGUGCACGUGUCCUCAGACAGUUUUACUGAGCCGGUAGGCGGGGCUUCGCUUUGCUUUGUGGCAGACCUCGGCGUCACACACCAGUGAUGGAGCGGAGGAGGAUAGGUACAGCACUGCUGGUUGUUUUCCUGGGACACCUCACUAGCGCGCUGGAGGUCCCGCUCGACCUUCUGGAAGGAUUGCCACAGCCACCAACCAUUACUCACCAGUCUCCCAAGGAUUACAUCAUCGACCCACGAGAGAACAUUGUGAUUCACUGUGAGGCAAAGGGGAAGCCUCAUCCCAGUUUCUCAUGGACGAGAAACGGGACCCACUUUGACAUUGAACAGGACCGCAACAUCAUUAUGCGGUCCCACUCUGGAACCUUGGUGGUGGACAUCAGGAGAGCGAAGACUGAACAUUAUGAGGGGGUGUAUCAGUGCACAGUGAGGAACAAACAUGGAACUGCUGUUUCCAACAACAUAGUCGUACGACAAUCCAGGUCCCCCUUGUGGUCAAAGGAGAAAAUUCAUCCAAUCGUCAUUCGGGAAGGCGUGUCUCUGGUUCUGCCGUGUAGACCCCCAGUCGGCCUGCCUCCUCCUAUUAUAUUCUGGAUGGACAAUAACUUCCAGAGGCUGCCACAGAGCAGCAGAGUGUCUCAGUCCCUAAAUGGAGACUUGUACUUCUCUAACGUACUGAAGGAGGAUUCCAGGAACGACUACAUCUGCUACGCCCGCUUCCCCCACACACAGACUAUCCAGCAGAAACAGCCAAUCACCCUCAAGGUCAUCAAACUGGAUGCAAUCAAUGACACAGUGGCAGCUUUUUACAAUGACACUGAUUUGUUUAGUGAAGACCCAGCGGAUGAAAGGAAACCAGUCUUCCUCAUCCCAUCUGGCCCCUCCAGCUCCAAGCUGGUGUUGAGAGGACAGGUGUUGGAGAUGGAGUGCAUCGCUGAAGGACUGCCCACGCCUGAAAUCUCCUGGGCCAAAGUCAGCGGCGACCUGCCAGCCAAGCGCACAUCUUUCCUGCACUACCAAAAAACCCUGCGCAUUGUGAACAUCUCGGAAUCAGACGCAGGAGAUUACCGCUGUACCGCCAGAAACUAUCAUGGCUCAGGCCACCACACCAUUCACGUCACGGUCAAAGCUGCUCCAUAUUGGAUCAGUCGCGCUCCAAGGAAUCUUGUUCUGGCUCCAGGAGAGAAUGGUGUGCUGACCUGUAGGGCCAGUGGAACACCAAAGCCAGCUGUCACAUGGGCUAUGAACAGCAUCCCCAUAGAGAAUGCUCCUCAGGAUGUUAGCAGAAAAGUGGAGGAUGACACCAUCAUAUUCACCGAUGUGCAAAGUGGAUCAAGUGCUGUCUACCAGUGUAAUGUCUCCAAUGAAUUUGGAUACCUCCUGUCCAACGCCUUUGUCAAUGUGCUCUCGGAGCCGCCCAGAGUGCUGACAGAAGCUAAUAAAGUCUACCAGGUCAUCAAAAAUCACCCAGCCUUCAUCGACUGCUCGUCUUUCGGAUCUCCCAUCCCUAAAAUUACAUGGUUCAAAGACAGUCGCUCCAGCACUCUGGACGGUGAGCCUUACGUCCUGCGUGACAACGGAACUUUAGAGAUUCAGGUAGCUCAGCCUCGUCACAGUGGCAGGUACACCUGUGUGGCCAGUAAUGACCUCGGGAUCUACGAGAAUCAUGUCUACCUGGAAGUCAAAGAGCCCACGCGGAUCCUGAAGCAGCCGGAGUACAAAGUGGUCCAGAGAGGCAGCUCGGUGGUGUUUGAGUGUAAGGUGAAACACGACCCCUCUCUUAUGCCCACCAUGACUUGGUUCAAAGACAAUGGCGAACUUCCCGAUGAUGAAAGAUUAAUUGUCGAUUCCGACAGUCUCACUAUCACUGAGGUGACAGAGGAUGAUGCUGGAGUGUACACGUGCAUCAUGAACACCACUCUGGACCACGAUUCAGCCAGUGCCGAGCUUACCGUUGUCGAGGCCACGCCCACACCAGCUGUUGUCUACGAGCGACCUGACCCCCCAACUGACCUGGAGCUGACAGACCAGAAAAAGAGGAGUGUUCAGCUCACUUGGAUCCCUGGGGAUGAACAUAACAGUCCUAUUCAGAAAUUUCUUAUCCAGUAUGAGGACUCACUCCACCACCGAGGUCACUGGCAUAAUCUAACCGAGGUCCCUGGAACCAAAACUACAGCACACCUCAAACUGUCUCCCUAUGUCCACUACACCUUCAGAGUCCUGGCCCUCAAUGCUUUCGGCUUAAGUCAUCCCAGCUUCCCAUCCAGAAUGUGCAAGACGGAUCCUGCAGCUCCAGACAUGAACCCAUUGAAUGUUGAGGGAUUUGGAACAGAACAUGACAAUCUUGUAAUUUCAUGGAAGCCGCUGACAGGCCUGCAGUCAAACGGUCCAGGGCUCCAAUACAAACUGAUGUGGAAGCGAAAAGACGCAGAGACGGAAUGGAACACAAUCACCGUGGCCAAUGUAUCCAAGUUUGUGGUCUCUGGAAUGCCCACCUUUGUUCCUUAUGAGAUAAAAGUUCAGGCCAUGAAUGACCACGGCCCUGGGCCCGAGCCUGCUGUUGUCCACGGCUACUCAGGAGAGGAUUUGCCAGUGGCAGCUCCAGAAAACGUACAGGUGCUGGUGGUGAACAGUACUCUGGCAAAGGUGUUUUGGGAUCCUGUGCCUGCCAAAUUAUUAAGGGGACAUCUCAAAGGUUAUAAGGUGUAUUACUGGAGGGAGCACAGCCUCCACAAACACAACCCCCAUCAUGUGGAGAAAGAGAUCCUGACCUUCAGCGGGAACCACAGCCAUGGCAUGCUGCCUGAUCUACACCCGUAUAGUCUGUAUUCAUGUAAUGUCAAGGUCUUUAAUGGCAAAGGAGAGGGGCCCCCCAGCCAAACCCAACAGUUUGAGACUCCUGAGGGAGUACCAGGCAUUCCGGCCUCUCUGAUCAUCACAAACCCCACCCUGGACUCUCUAACGCUUGAGUGGGCUCCUCCACAUAAUCAGAAUGGACACAUCACUGGCUACACCCUCAAAUAUCAGCCAGUCAAUAACUCCAAUGAACUGGGCCCAGAGGAGGAGCUGGCUCUGGUGGCCAAUGAGACUUCUGUCACUUUGCCAAACCUCAAGUACAACACACGCUACAAGUUUUAUUUGAGUGCGAACACAGUCAGGGGAGCAGGCCCAGCAAUUACACAGGAAGCAAUCACCAUGGUGGAUGAAGCUCAAAUACCACAGGUUGACGUAGAUGUGGGCACAGGGGACACCCAAACCUCCCAUCCCAUUGCACGAUCUCCUCCACGCCAUCCGCCCCACAAGGCGCGGCCUGUGGAUCCACCUUUUGGGAACAUUAGCUCCUCAGUUGGAGAAGAUGGUGCCCUGAUCAGUUGGGAAUACUGGGGCCCAGAGAAAAUCAUUUACAUAGAAUACAUAAUAGAAAACAGUGAAGGGGAAGAGGAGUGGCAGAAAGCGUUUGUGAACGGCUCUGAGAACUAUUUGCUGAAGGGUUUAAAGGAGGGCCUCCCCUAUAGGGUGCGUUUGGUGGCCAAAGGUCACUCCAACCAGGAGCUCUUCCGCUCUGAGGAGCUAUUGGUCACGGUUCCAGCUGUGGCAAGCAGACAGGUUGACAUCGCCACACAGGGAUGGUUUAUUGGCCUCAUGUGUGCCAUCGCUCUUCUCAUCCUCAUCCUCCUCAUUAUCUGCUUUAUUCAAAGGAAUAAGGGGGGAAAAUACCCUGUCAAAGAGAAGGAGGACGCACACACGGACCCAGAGUUCCAGCCCAUGAAAGAUGACGACUGUACUUUUGGGGAAUACAGGUCUGCUCCCUCUGGUUGACCCGGAGCAGUGAUUCCCUCCCUACUCUCCACAGGUAGAGCUGAUGAAUAAAUACUGUAAUGCAGAAUCACCAAUCGCAGAAAUUUACAAGAAGAAGUGCGGUCAUCUGAACUUGCUGCCAAAAAGCACAACAUAGUUAUCAUGAUUAUUAUUAUUUUGCCUGGGUUUAAGGAUGCUGUGACUUGUAUAUCCUGUGUGUAUUGGACUCUGUGUGUGUGCUUGAUAUGAAUUUGUGUUAUGUGAGCUGGGUUCUUCAGGUUCAAGGCAAUGAGUAAGGGUUUUUUGUUGUUGUUGUUGUUUGUUUGUUUGUUUUUGACUGUUAGGAAGAAAAAUACGUUCCGAAUUUUGUAAGGCACCCUUAACUAGCCAAAAACAUGAAAUCGGAUAACAACUAAUAAGCUAUUCAUAUACAUUCAUUGUGUGUGGAGUUUGUAUAGUAUUAACACUUUGCCUAGUGUAUUGCUACUUACAAACACAACCAAUGAAUGUAUGAGUCCCCUUUCUUAGACAUUAUGUUUGUUAGCAUCCUCUUUCUAGGCUGCUUCUCCAUUGCACGCAGAUUAUAGAGAAUUAAGCACUUUA